GAGGAACUAUUUAAAAUCAAAUAUCGCGAAGCUGCACAUUUGUAUCUCGGUCUUAUAUACCUGGUGUCGCUGAAGAGAUGAACACUACACCAAGAACAUUACGAAGAUUCGCAAGGUCGACGAACUUCCGCAAUGAUUUUAACGCUUCGUUUAUCAAGCGCGGAACGAUCCUUGGAUCCGAUCAGCGAUUUUUAUUAUUAAAUAAUAACGAUGCUACUCCUUCAUGGAACGCUAGUCAAGGCUUGGUAAAGAGCUCCGUAUUAUCGCGAACGUUUGCGCAAUAUUUCGGAAUUUCGACAAGAAAGGAACCACCCGAGCCACGAGGUCUUCCCUUGAUUGGUACAACGUUAUCCCUGAUGAGGUCCGGUGGUCCACAAAAACUGCAUGAAUACGUGGACAAUAGACACCGAGAACUUGGACCAGUGUUUAGAGAACAGAUUGGACCAGUCCAGGGUGUUUUCGUUAAUUCGCCUGCUGAAUAUCGUAAGAUAUUAUCCGAUCUUGCGGGUAACACGCCGCAGCACUUCUUGCCGGAACCCUGGGUGUUGUAUAAUGAAAUGCGAGCGCAAAACCGAGGUCUGCUCUUCAUGGAGGGAGAAGAGUGGUGGUAUUACCGUAAAAUCCUCAAUCGAAUAAUGCUGAAAUCUGGAUCAAAGGUUUUUUAUGGACCUUGUCAGAAAGCAGCCGAUAAUCUUACGAAGGAAUGGAAAACGUAUAGCCAAACUGAUCGUACAAUACCGAAUCUGGAACAUGAGCUGUAUCAGUGGUCUAUCGAGGUGAUGUUAGCGGCUAUGAUAGGUUCGCAAUGGCAUGUUUGCGAACCGCGGUUACGUUAUGACAUAGAAGAUAUAGCUAUGAUACUACACCAGAUUUUCACGUAUACUUCAAGUCUCUCAAUGCUACCAGCCAAGUUAGCGAUGAAGCUUAGGUUGCCAGUGUGGAACAAAUUUGUUAAAGCUGCUGACAGCGUGCUAGAAAAAGUGCGCAAACUGGUGCCUGAAAUGAUUCAGUUGUCGGACAACGACGGAAUUCUGCAGAUGAUCUUAAAUAAUGAUAUUCGCGGAGAUAAAGCAGUCAGAAUCAUUUGCGAUUUCGUCAUAGCUGCUGGUGACACAACAUCGAUUACCAUGCAAUGGGUAUUGCUAUUACUUAGUAAUCAACCUGAGCUACAAGAUCGAUUGUUCGAUGAAAUCAAAGAUUUGUCACUAGAAAAUCUUCUGCAACAUCAAUUAUUGAGACAUGUAUGGAAGGAAACCUUGAGACUGUACCCUGUUGCGCCAUUCAUUACGAGAAUUUUGCCAGUGGACUCCGUAAUUGGCGGUUACUUUGUGCCGAAAGGGAAUCUAAUUCUCUUGUCGCUUUACUCAAGCGGCCGCGAUGAGAAUAAUUAUGUACGACCUAAUGAAUUCUGGCCAGAAAGAUGGCUCAGAACGGGGGAAGAUUCAUUCAAAUACCAGGGAGUAAAGGAUACACGUGCUAAUGUACCAUUUGCGGUAGGCGUGAGGAACUGCAUUGGUCAGAGACUCGCGGAAACGCAGUUAUCUCUUACGUUGGCGCAGCUCAUUAAAAACUUCAAGAUUGAGUGCGAAAAUAGAGACAAGAUUAAGAUGAUUUUGCGUAUGGUAUCUGUACCAUCAGAAUCUAUCAGGCUGAAACUGACUGAUAGAAAAAUAUGA